UGCCGCCGAGGUGAAAGAAGACUUUUCCGGAGUACGUCGUGCCCGACAUUUUGGGGGUUUGGGAGGUCUUGUAAUUGGGCUAGUGCAACCCAUUGCCCCACCACCGCCUCCGCCUCCGCCUCCGCCUCCACCACCACCACCUCCUCCAACAGUAAUUGCCACAGUUCCGGUUAUUGUGUACCAGUUCAUGUGCACUACAUUAGUGGUGGUGGUGGCGGCGGCUAUGGUGGAGGCGGCUACGGUGGUGGAGGCUAUGGUGGCGGAGGUUAUGGCGGCGGUGGUUGGGGCGGUAGUGGUUACGGUGGCCAUGGCGGCGGUUGGAAUGGAGGUGGUUACGGCGGCGGUUGGAAUGGAGGUGGUUACGGCGGCGGAGGCUGGAAUGGAGGUGGCCACGUUGGUGGCGGUUAUGGUGGUUAUGGCGGUGGAGGCUAUGGUGGAGGCGGCUAUGGUGGUGGAGGUGUUGGUGCAAGUGCUUCAGCUUCCAGUUAUGGUGGAGCAACAUUUGCCAAAGCCAGCGCAUAUGGAAAAUAAGUUUUAAAUCGAAAAUGAAUAUUUGAAACUAAUAAACAAUAAAUUACAAUGUGA